AUGUCAACCUCACAACCACCGACGCGGAGCGAACUUCCCGCAGAUCCAAACCGAUCGUGGAUUCAACAACCAACUACCCCCUCCACAACCUCACCCCAACCACCACAACCACCCCCUCCCACCGAACAAUCCUUAACCGACGGCUCACAACCUGCUUCGACGCGUCCCCGGCCCCGGCCCCCAACCAUAUCCGAAGCGGCGCAGACCAUCAAGCCCGCCGACUUCCUAACCUUCCACCAAGCGCCGUGCGCUCGCACCGGCCUGUUAACAGGUAUCGGUGCGGGCGCGGCCAUUGGUGCUGUACGAUGGAUUAUGGGCCUGCCCAUUCCGCGCGCGGCAAACUGGGCGGUAGGCAGUGGGGUGUUGGCAGCGGUCGGACAAUAUGAGUACUGCCAGCUACGGCGAAUGCAGGAGCGAGAGAAGGUGAAAAGGGUGGUGGAAGUACAUGCGGCGAAGCGCGCAAAGGAAAAGAAGGAGGAGGAUGAAAGGAAACGGGCAGUGGAAGCGGAGGGGGCGAGGAAAAUAGAAGCGGAAAAGGAAAAGGGGCGAGGCUGGAGGCUUUGGUGA